CCCCUCGUUCCCAAAGGACACCUCUCCACGCAGGGUUUUUUGCUUGGUUUUCCUUGGCAGCAGGCAGGACCCGCGGGAGGAGGAUGGGCCUGCCCUGGCCCUUUGCGCGGCGAGGGACCUCGGCCGCUGCAGAGGUGCCCGGGCCGUCGGGCUCUGGAGGCGGGGGGGCUCUCUUUGGCCGGCCCCUGGCAGAUCUCUGCAGCCAGGACAGCACGCUGCCCCAGACCAUCCAGGACCUGCUGGCUCUGCUGCACGAGCACGGGCCAUCCACGGAGGGGAUCUUCCGGCUGGCGGCCAGCGAGCGGGCCUCCCGGGAGCUCAGGGAGGCCCUCGACAGCGGAGCAGAGGUCCGCCUCGAAAGCCAGCCUGCGCAUCUGCUGGCCAUCGUCCUGAAGGACUUCCUCCACAAGAUCCCCUCCAAGCUCCUCGAGGCAGAGCUCUACGAGGAGUGGAUGAGCGCCCUGCAGAAGUCCAGCAGGCAGGAGAAGCUGGCAGGACUGAAGGAGUAUGUGUGGCGAGCAGCCUGCCUGCUCCACGGAGAAUGGCAGAGGGGUGGCCGGCAAGUUGCCCGAGGCCAACCUCCUCCUGCUCAAGCGCUUGCUGGCCCUGCUGCAAAACAUCAGCAGGAACGCGGCCACCAGCAGGAUGACUGCCGGCAACCUGGCCAUCUGCGUGGGGCCAAACCUCCUCAGCCCACCCGAGGAGCACACGCUCCCCCGGACGCCCUGGUGCAGGUGACGGGCAAGGUGCCCAUCUACGUUUCCUGCUUGGAUUCCCCAGAUGAGCUCUGUUACCUGGCCUUCGAGAAGCACGAUGCAGCCCCAGCACCACCUCGGCGGAGGUGA